CUUCUCCACUCGCCUGAAAGGGUCAAAACAAGGCUGAAUAAAGCGGCCCACCAAAAGAACUGACCCUUAGCGGCUGCUAACUUGUCUUCUCUCUCUGGUCAGAUCCAUCAAAUUACAGCAAAAGGGGUUCGAGGAAUAGCCAUAAUCGCUUGUGGGUCUUCAUUCUUUUCGUCUCUAAUGGCGUCUCUUUGAUCGUUUUUUGACUUAUUAUUAGUAGAAUCCAACUUUAGGGUUUGAAUUUUUGGUUCUUGGAAUUGGAGGAGCGAUCGGGUAUGUCCGAAUCGACGAGCCCGAUAGCCCAACGGGUUCAGUCUUCUUCGUCUUCUUCUUCUUCUUCGAUUGAUACCAGAGGAAAACAUAGGAUACAGGCUGAAGUGAAGCGGCUCGAGCAAGAAGCGAGGAUUCUGGAGGAAGAACUGGAACAGCUUGAUAAACUGGACAAGGCAUCAACAAAAUGCAAAGAAAUGCUGAUCAACGUGGAAACAAGACCAGACCCCCUUCUCCCACAAACCCGUGGCCCUCUAAACCCGCUAUGGGAUCGAUGGUUCGAAGGUCCGCCGGAUUCUAAAGGUUGCAGAUGCUGGGUAUUGUGAUGGUGUUUUUGAUUUCUCUUUGAAUUUUUAUACAGAUUGGGAGAUUGUUAUGUUGUGAUGAUCAUGGCUGCUUUGAAGAGUUUCUUCAUUCAACUUAGGUACAUUGUGAAUAGUUUUUCUAAAGCAAAUGUUGUAUUCAUUUAUGAAAACACCUCCCAUAAAGCUCUUCCCUUUCACUUUGCACAUUCUUUUCUGCAAUAUUCGGGAUCAUUUAAGCGAAUUAAAGUGGAACUUUGAUAA